CGCAGAGUGGCCAUGGAUAUUUCUUUUGCAGGAAAACGAGCUCUCGUGACGGGAGCCGGAAAAGGAAUCGGCCGGGCCACCGCUCUGGCUUUGGCACGUUGUGGGGCAAAGGUUGUGGCGGUAACGCGCACGCAGGCCGACCUGGAUUCGCUGACACAGGAGUGUCCCUCUAUCAUCCCGGUAUGUGUGGACUUGUCUCACUGGGAGGCCACAGCGGCGGCUCUGCAGGACAUCGGGCCUGUUGAUCUUCUGGUGAAUAACGCCGCGCAGUCCAAGCUGCAGCCGUUUCUGGACGUCACACCUGAUGAGUUUGACACGUCAGUCAGAGUCAAUGUGAAGGCCGUCCUGCAGGUGUCUCAGAUCGUGGCUCGUGGUAUGAAGUCCAGAGGAUCAGGAGGCUCCAUCGUGAACGUGUCCAGCCAGGCGUCGGUGUGUGCCCUCCCAGACCACACCGUCUACUGUGCCACAAAAGCUGCCCUUGACAUGUUAACCAAAGUCAUGGCUCUGGAGUUGGGACCCCAUCAGAUUCGUGUCAACAGUGUGAAUCCAACUGUCGUGAUGACUGAGAUGGGCCGUAUGGGCUGGAGCAACCCCGAAAAAGCCAAGACUAUGAUAUCCCGUAUCCCUCUGGGCCGUUUUGCAGUGAUAAAAGCAGCAUGAUUAAUGGAGCUGCUUUGCCUGUGGACGGAGGCUUCCUGGCAUGCUGACCAGUCCCUGGCUCCAAAACAGUGACCUUUGACC